AUGAAAAGUUUUAUUGUGAAUCGUUUCGAACGUGGUCUUGGUAUGGAUUUGAAUGGCGAUGGAUACAUUGGUGGACAAGGUUUCUUGAGCCGAAUGGAGCGAGCUACUCAUAUUGACUUCAAUCGUGAUAAUGUUAUUGGCCGUCAACCUGACGUAUAUUACGGCUACACACCGGCCUACUCGGGAUAUGGUGGAUAUACUGGCUACCCAACUCAAGGUUAUUCAACUGGUCCAUACCGUUAUUAA